CACAUUACGCAGUUAGCGCUAGAGAUCCAAACGCCGCAGGUGAGGUCAAAUGCAGAGGGAAGGGAAACCGCGUUGUUGUUGACAGGUGCAGUGAACUACCAUGUCUAGUCAUACCCGACGCGGAGAAAUGGAGACUGACAAAGUGGUGUUGUGUGAGAGCCUUGCUAUAUGGCUCCAGACCUUCAACACUGCAGCACCAUGCACGACUGUAGAGGAGCUGACCACUGGAGCUGCCAUUUCUCAGGCCCUGCAUCAGAUAGAUCCAGCGUGGUUCAGUGAGAGUUGGCUUGGUCGCAUUAAAGAAGAUGUUGGGAAUAACUGGAGACUGAAGAUGAACAACCUGAAGAAGAUCCUUCAGAUGAUGGUGGAUUACUACAAUGAGGUCCUGAGCCAGCAGAUCCAGGAGUUUCCCCUGCCAGACCUGGUGAAGGUGGCACAACACUCAGACCCUGUAGAACUGGGACGACUGCUGCAGUUCACACUGGGCUGUGCUGUCAAAUGUGAACGCAAGCAAGAGUACAUCCAGGUCAUCAUGACUCUGGAGGAGUCCGUACAGCAUGUGGUGAUGACAGCCCUUCAGGAGCUGAUGAGUAAAGAGAACAUGGCCCAGUUUGGAGCAGAGCCACCGGGGGACGUAGAAUCACAGUUGAAGAAGGCUCUCGAGGACCUGGCAGAUCUGGUGGCAGAAAAGGAGGAGCUAGCCCAGCGCUGUCAGGAGCUCGACGUACAGGUGACGGUCCUUCAGGAGGAGCGGAACAGCCUAUUAGCUGAGAACGACGUGCUGACGGACCGAGCCAAUCAGCUGGACUCGUUUGAUGACCCGAGCACGCCCUCCGGACGGAAACACAGCCAGCUACAGAUACAGCUAGAGACACUACAGGAGGAGAACUUCAGGCUAGAGGCAGCUAAGGAUGACUACCGUAUCCACUGUGAGGAGUUGGAGAAGCAGCUGAUCGAGGUUCAGCAUCGUAACGACGAACUCACCAGCCUGGCCGAGGAGUCACGAGCACUUAAAGACGAACUCGAUAUCCUCAGGAGCUGUUCGGACCGUGCUGUGAAGCUGGAGGCGUCAGUGGAGACAUACAGGCGUAAACUGGAGGACCUGGGAGAUCUGAGAAGACAAGUCAAACUGCUGGAGGAGAAGAACAUGACCUACAUGCACAACACUGUCAGUCUGGAGGAGGAGCUACGCAAGGCUAACGCUGCCCGCGCACAGCUAGAGACAUACAAGAGACAGGUCCAGGAGCUGCACCGGAAGUUGUCAGAGGAGUCUCGGCGGGCAGACAACCUGGCUUACGAAAAGAAGAAGUUUGAAGAGAAACAUGACACCUUGAUGAGGGAGAAAGAGAGGAUCAUUAUUGAGCGAGACUCUCUGAAGGAGACCAAUGAGGAGCUGCGAUGUAACCAGGCUCAACAGGAACAGCUCCUACAAGCAGGGAUGGCAGGGAUGCCAGCUGGUAGUCCAACCCAUGAUAACCUUGCUGCUGAGAUCCUACCUGUAGAGUACAGGGAGAAGUUUAUUCGGCUCCAGCAUGAGAAUAAGAUGUUGCGUGUGCAGCAGGAGGGAUCAGAGAAUGACAAGAUCUCUGAACUACAGACACUGCUAGAGGUGGCACACAGAACCCGCUCCGAACUGGACACCGAGAAUAGGUUAAGCAGGGAGAGGGUCACUGAGCUGCAGCAGCAGGUAGAGGAUUUACAGAAAGCCCUACAGAGCCAGGGAGCCAAGACUGAUGACUCUCACCUGAAGAGGAAACUGGAUGCUCAUAUGGUGCAACUGAACGAGGCGCAGGAUGAGAUCAUGAAGAAGAAAGAACUCCUGGAGGACUUGCAGCCAGACAACACACAGACCUCUCUGAGACUGGAGGAGCUGAUGGCUGCUCUGAAGAAGAAGGACGAUGACAUGAGAGCCAUGGAGGAGAGAUACAAGAUGUACCUGGAGAAAGCACGCAAUGUAAUCCGUGCAUUGGACCCCAAGCUGAACCCAGCCACAGCAGAGAUCCAGGCUCUAAAGAACCAGCUGACGGACAGAGACAAGAGGAUCCUCAGCCUGGAGAGGGAGUGUGAGCAGGCAAAGCUGAGAGAGUAUGAAGAGAAGCUGAUUGUAACAGCAUGGUACAACAAGAGUCUGAGCUUCCAGAAGCUGGCGAUCGAGGCCCGUCUGGGGGGUCGCUCCACCUCCAUGGUGCCCCCAGGUCAGUCCUUCCUGACCCAGCAGCGCCAGGUCACAAACGCCGCCCGCAGGAACCUCUCUGUCAGCGUGCCUGCCACCACCACUAAGUAGACCUGGGAUGGGUGACUACUGAGGUGGGCCAGCAUGUGUACAGGCUUCUGCUAUUAAUAUUGAACCACGAUUAGUUCAAUCAGUUUUGUUAGUGCUGGGCUGGAACAAAGGCCUGCUGACACUGCGGCCCUCUAGGACUGGGAUCUCCUACAUCUGACGUAAACAAACGAAUGGCUCCUCUCUAACUCCUUUCCAGAAGUGCACACUCAAGUGACCUUAAGCACAUUAGUUCUCAGCCCCUGGAUAUGGGACAAGCAUGCACUGACCGACUUGAACAUGAGCACUUACUCUAACCAGGUUCCCUCCUCACUGAUACACCAGACAGUAACAGUUAUACGCCCCAUUACAGUUUAGGAUGUUUAUAAUCUCCUGUAAUGAGUUUGGUCUGGCAACCCUACCAACAUGCUUUAUUAGCUUAGCACAUAACACUGACUGAGCCCUACAAUAUACCUGUGUUGGCCUAGCUAGCAGCAGGCUCUGACUAGCAGUGAUUCGUAACCUUGACAUGUACACUGAGUGUAAAAAACAUUAAGAACGCCUUCCAAAUAUUGAAUCCUAUGCCUCCCACAGUUGUGUCAGGUUGACUGGAUGUCCUUUGGGUGGUGGACCAUUCUUGAUACACAUGGGAAACUGUUGAGCGAGAAAAAACCCUGCAGCAUUGCAGUUCUUGACACAAACCUGUGCGCCUGGCACCUACUACCAUACCCCGUUCAAAGGCACUUAAAUAUUUUGUCUUGCCCAUUCACCCUCUGAAUGGCACACAUACACAAUCAUGUGUCAAGGCUUAAAAAUCCUUCUUUAACCUGUCUCCUCCCCUUCAUCUACACUGAUUGAAGUGGAUUUAUCAAUAAGGGAUCAUAGCUUUCACCUGAAUUCACCUGGUCAAUCUAUGUCAUGGAUAGAGCAGGUGUACACUCAGUGUGAGUUAUUCUGUCUAUGGAUGUGCUAAAAACUAUAUUAUUCACAAUUGGUCUUAAACGGCUUAUUUUAACGCUGAAUAUAGCUGAUUUUAUAAAAUGUUUUUAUACUACAACAAAAUGAUGAAUCGACCGCACUAUGCAGUUAAAGGAUGUUACAAUCAUCUUAUCAACCAUUGGACUACAAAGAGAGUUUGACCUCUGAUCUUCCUCUUCUGUGUUUCACAAUCACCAGAAUGGAAUACAGGAGAAAUGGGUGUAUUUAGUGCUGGCAACCAAAAGUUGGUAUUGCAGCACAGAUCGGUCCAUUACUCGUUUCUUACACAAAAGUAGUCUGUACUGCAGACCUGUGUCAACAUCCUGUAAUGCCAUACUGACACAAGCAUCUCUGUUGCUGCAACAACUAAUCAUUCAAUCAAAUCAGAAAUGCAGGACUUGUUAAUGGUAUUUAUUUUUGAUACUGUGAUCUGACUACUAGAACUUAGCGCAUGCUCUAUCGGAACACUGUUGGGCCUUUACAGUGCCUUCAGAAAGUAUUCAUCCCCCUUGACUCAUUCUAAAUUUUGUUGUGUUACAGCCUGAAUUUAAAGAUGUAUUUAAAAACACACACACAAAUGACCCAUCUACACACAAUAGCCCAUAAUGACAAAGUGAAAACAUGUUUUUAGAAUUUUGUAAAUUUAUUGAAAUUUCAUUUACAAUUAUUCACACCCCUGAGUCAAUACAUGUUAGAAUCACCUUUGGGAGCGAUUACAGCGGUGAGUCUUUCUGGAUAAGUCUUUAAGAGCUUUGCACACCUGGAUUGUACAAUAUUUGCGUAUUCUUUUUUUUAUUCUUCAAGCUCUGUCAAGUUGGUUGUUGAUCAUUGCUAGACAGUCUUGCCAUAGAUUUUCAAUCCAAUUUAAGUCGAAACUGUAACUAGGCUACUCAGGAACAUUCAAUGUCGUCUUGGUAUGCAAGUCGUGUAUAUUUGGCCUUGUGUUUUAGGUUAUUGUCCUGCUGAAAGGUGAAUUUGUCUCCCAGUGUGUUACUGUAAACCAGGUUUUCCUCUAGGAUUUUGCUUGUGCUUUGCUUUAUUCUUUUUAUCCCAAAAAACUCCCUAGCCCUUGCCCAUGACAAGCAUGCCUAUAACAUGAUGCAGCCACCACAAUGCUUGAAAAUAUGAAGAGUGGUACUCAGUGAUGUGUUGUGUUGGAUUUGCCCCAAAUGUAACACUUUGUAUUCAGGACAUGAAGUUAUUUUCCUUGCCUAAUUUUUUGCAGUUUUACUUAAGUGCCUUAUUCCAAAAAGGAUGCAUGUUUUGGAAUAUUUUUUAUUAUGUACAAGCUUCCUACUUUUCAGUCUGUCAUUUAGGUUAGUGUUGUAGAGUAACUACAAUGUUGUUAAUCCAUCCUCAGUUUUCUCCUAUCACAGCCAUUAUACUCUUAACUGUUUUAAGGUAACCAUUGGCUUCAUCGUGAAAUCCUUGAGCGGUUUCCUUCCACUCCGGCAACUGAGUUAGGAAGGACACCUGUAUCUUUGCAGUGACUGGGUCUAUUGAUACACCAUCCAAAGUGUAAUUAAUAACUUCACCAUGCUCAAAGGGAUAUUCAAUGUCUGCAAUUUUUUUUUUUUUACCCAUCUACAAAUGGGUGCCCUUUUUUGCGAGGCAUUGGAAAACCUCCUUGGUCUUUGUGGUUGCAUCUGUGUUUAAUUCACUGCUCAAUGGAGGGAUUUUACAUAUAAUUGAAUGUGUGGGAGACAGAGAUGAGGUAGUCAUUCAAAAAUCAUGUUAAACACUAUUGCACACAAUGGGUCCAUGUAAUUUAUGUGACUUGUUAAGAACAUUUUUACUCCAUAAGGUAUUUGGGCUUUCCAUAACAAAGCGGUUGAAUACUUAUUGAGUCAAGGCAUUUAAACUUUUCAUUUUUUAUUAAUUUGUAAAAAUGUCUAAAAACAUAAUUUCACUUUGACAUUAUGGGGUAUUAUGUGUAGGCCAGUGACACAAAGUCUCAAUUUAAUACAUUUUAAAUUCAGGCUGUAAAACAACAAAAUGUGAAAAAAGUUAAGGGGUGUGAAUACUUUAUGAAGGCACUGUGUCUUGUGUCUGGAUGAGUAGAAGGAAUCAACAGUAUAGUAAUCUAUACAGCACUACUGUAAUCAGGGUUCAAACACCAGCUUGGAAUUUUAGAACUGCUUUCACAGACCCAGAUUGUUAUAGUUGUGCUAUGAAAUAUUGAAAUGUGAAUUAACUAAACCAGAAUUAAACCUUGUCCUGGAUGUA